CCAGGAAUGAUGGAAACUGCAAAGAAGACAAGUGGCCUGAUCGAUGCAGUGUUUUCGUGGUCUUUCGACGAUGUCAUAAACAAAAAUUUGUACAAAGACAAGGUUAAGGAAAUCCCAGAUACCUUCUUGUCCACAUAUCAUUACCUCAGUUCAUUCAUCUAUCCACUUCUUGAAGAAACGCGUGCUGAUUUGUACUCAAACAUGACAGGCACACUGUUUAGUGCCCCGGCUUGUGAGGUAUUAGCCUUGAAAGUGUCUAAGGAUUUCAAAUUUCCAAAAGAUUUCUACUACAGCAUUCGGUUGAAGCCAACUAGAGAGGGUAGUGGUGGUGGGAGUAAUAAACAAGUAUAUGAACCAGAGGUUGGGGAUUUAAUCGCGUUCUCUGAUGUGAGGCCUAAGCGUAUCGAGGAUCUGAAUAGACCAAAGAUGUCCUAUCUCAUAGCUGUAGUUCAAGGCAGAGGGGAUGAUGAUCAUGAUCAUGAUGAUGAUGAUUGGUUUCCAAUUCUGUCGUCGAAGCCCAUUAUGACCUUCCAGAAAAAGGAAGGGGGGAAAGGGAUGGAGGGAGAUGAGGUUUUUGUUGUUUAUCUUACUAGUUUGACAACGAAUAUUCGGUUAUGGAAGUCUCUGAAUAUGGACCUGGAAAGUCCCAACUUAAACAUGAUCAAAACAGUGUGGCAAAUGAAUUGGAAUGAUGACAGAAACUGUGCCUUUUGCACCCGAGAAGAAACCGAGGGGACUAUUUUAUUGAAUGCUAGAGCAGCCAUUCACUCCUUUGGAUUAGAUGAUUCCCAGGAAAUGGCUGCUUUGAGUUGUGUAAAAGCCAGGCAAUGUGUUCACAGAAACACUGUUAACCUAAUUUGGGGUCCUCCUGGAACUGGGAAAACAAACACAGCUGCCUCAUUGCUGUAUAUCCUCUUCAAUAUGCAUUGCAGAACUCUGACUUGUGCUCCUACAAACAAUGCAGUCAUAGGAGUUGCAAAGCGGCUUCUGGAACUCGUAACAGGUCGUCUUCGUUAUAACAGUUAUGGUCUCGGGGACAUUGUUGUUUUUGGCAACGGAGAAAGAAUGAAGAUCGAGGAUCACGAGGGUCUGUGGGAUGUGUUUCUUGAGUAUCGUGUUCGUGGUCUUGCUAAGUGCUUGUCACCCGUGGUCGGGUGGCAAGCAGGUCUGGUUCAGAUGAUAAGUUUGCUUGAAGAACCCGAAGGUUCAUACCAAAAAUAUUUGUUAUUCGAGUCAAUAAAAGAGAAGAAUGAAGAGAGUAGUGAUGAGGAACAAGAACCAGAAAGUUCAACUGGGGAACUAAAUCAAGACUUGAAAAAAACCAGGAUAAAUAAGCAUUGGAAAAAGUUCAUUAUUCAGAGCUUAAAAUGGAAAAAGAAGAAAAGGGUGAAAGAAGAGUCUCCUCAAAAGAUCAAUGGAGGAAAGGCAAGGAUUUGGACAUUCGAGGAAUUCGUUUUGAACAAGUAUAAAUCCUUAGCGGAUCGACUAGAGUUUUGUAUGACAACCUUGUACACUCAUUUGCCUACUUCCUAUAUCCCCCUGGAAGCAGUGAAGAACAUGGUUAGAGCACUCGAGGUGUUUCAAACUCUCGGAGCACUGUUAAAAACUGUUUCUGAGACACAUGGACUGAGAGAAGGCCUCAAGGGGACUGAAGUUUCUUCACUUUCUUGUAGUACGUUGCAGACAACAAAAUCAGAAUGUGUUGCAACAUUAGAACUUCUUCGUUGCAGCUUUUGGCUCCCGAAUUUCUUAGAAAAAAACCAAAUUAGGAGCUUCUGUUUGAAAAAUGCAGUCUUGAUUUUCUCUACUGCCUCAAGUUCAUCCAAGCUGUUAACUGAAGAGACGCCAAUUGAGGUGGUGGUGAUUGAUGAAGCUUCUCAGCUUAAAGAAUGUGAAUCCACUAUUCCCUUGCAGCUACCUGGUCUUCGUCACGCGAUGCUAUUUGGAGACGAGAAACAAUUGACAGCAAUGGUUCAAAGCAAGAUUUGCGAGAAAGCUAAUUUUGGGAGAAGCUUGUUCGAGAGGCUGGCUAGAUUAGGACAAAAGAAGCAUCUCCUUAACAUUCAAUACAGAAUGCAUCCCUCAAUUUGUUUGUUCCCAAAUAGGAAGUUCUAUGAAGAGAAGAUCAUGAAUGGCCCUAAUGUCACAAACUUAAGCUACGAGAAACGGUUUCUCAAAGGAGCCAUGUUCGGUCCGUAUUCUUUCAUCAACAUAAGCAAAGGAAAAGAAGAGCUUGAUCACAAAUUUAGCUUUAAAAACAUGGCAGAAGCUUCUGCAGUAGCUGAGAUCAUUGCUAUGCUUUACAGAGAAUCUCUAGUUUCGAAACAAAGAGCUCGUGUUGGCUGCAUAUCACCGUAUAAGGCACAGGUUUCUGCAAUCCAAAAACAGAUUGGCAAGAAAUACAGCACUGAUGCAGGCUGUGAGUUUUCCGUGAAUGUACGAUCUGUAGAUGGAUUUCAAGGCGGAGAAGAAGACGUUAUCAUUUUAUCUACAGUUCGGUCUAAUGGAAUGGGAAUCGUGGGAUUCUUGUCCAACCUUCAGCGAACAAAUGUGGCUCUGACUCGAGCCAGAUACUGCCUUUGGGUAUUAGGCAAUGGGGUGACUUUGAUCAAUAGUAAUUCUGUUUGGAGAGACUUAGUACUAGAUUCCAAGGAGCGUGGAUGCUACUAUGAUGCCUGCAAUGAUAAGAACUUGGAAAAAGCAAUUGCAGAUGCUUCUGGUGAGUUAACAACCAAGUUAUCAGCAAGGAUUCCAAGUGAUAAACCUUGGGAGUUUUCGGCCACGAGGCCAAGUGAUAAACCUAGCAUGUCUUCUGCCACGAGUCCAAGUGAUAAAACUAGCAUGCUUUCUGCUAUCAUCCCGAAUGAUACGCCUAGCAAGUUUUCUGCUACGAGUCCGAGUGAUAAACCUAGCAUGCUUUCUGCCACCGCUCUAAAUGAUAAGCCUACUAUGAUUUCUGUCACGAGCCCGAGUGAUAAACCUAGCAUGAUUUCUGCCACCACUCCAAAUGAUAAGCCUACCAUGUUUUCUGUCGCGAGCCCGAGUGAUAAAUCUAGCAUGCUUUCUGCCACUACUCCGAAUGAUAAGCCUACCAAGUUUCCAGCUGGGAGUCCAAGUGAUAAAUUUAUACAUUUUUCUAAAACCUUUUGGGGAGGUUUUAGCUUUAAAAAGGUCAUUCUUUCUGUUAGUAUAUUUACUUGUUUGGCGUUUUUGUCUGUGGUGUCAUUUCAUCUCUUCUCUUGCAUGUUUAAUCUUUUUCGUGUGCCUUAGUGUGUGGUAAAGUCCCUUUUCAUAUUCGCGUACUGUUAGGGGAGAAUAUUUGUAGUUUUUACACUUCCUAGUUUACUUCAUUGAAGAAUGGUGUUCUGCUGAAGUUGCUACAGUGACGAGUUCGAUUAAGAAAAUAUUGAUAA